AUGAAAUUAGAAAAUAAUUUUAAUAAUCUAUUAAAUACUAAUAAUGUAAUAAACUCUGAUGUAUUGGAUAAUAAAGUAUUAGAUGAGUUAGAAAAUAAAGUAAUACUUUCGAAUGGUAAAAUAUUGAAAAUAAAUAAUAAAAAAGAAAUAAAUAAUGAAAAUGAUAUAAUAAUUGAUAAAAUACAAAAUGUUUGGGGAAGUAGUUCUGGAGCAGGAAGUGAUUUUUUGGAUAAAUAUAGAAAACAAAGAAAUUUGGAAUUACAAAGAUUAGAAGAAAUGGAUCGUAAAUGGAAAGAAGAUAUGGAAAAUAAAUUAUUCCAUUCUCAAAGAUUAUUUAAAAUACAACAACAAAAUUAUAAAACUCUGAAAAAAAAAUUAAAACGUAUUAAAAAAAAAUCUAACCAAACCAGAAAAUCUAUUGAAUCUAAUGGAACCAAUGGAAUAGUUAGUGGAUCCAGUGGGUUAGUUAGUGAGUCAGUUGAUGAACCCAGUGGAUCCAAUCCAUCUGAUCCACUGGAAGUAGAAAAAAUAAAUUUAAUAAAUAAUGAAAAUUUUGAUAAUUUUAAUGAAAAUGAAAAUUUUGAUAAUUUAAAAGAAAAAAAUAAUAAAUUUAUAAUUUUAGAUAAAUCUGAAGAUAUUUAA